CACUACUACUGCACCCACCACCACCACCACCACCACCACCACUACAACACCGACACCCACCACCACUACAUCAACUGCAACUUUACCCCCUACAAUAACAACUAGCACCACCACAACCUUAGCAACCCCCACCAUCGACACCACCACAGACACGACCUCUCUUGACCCCGCCACGACUACAAGUGAUGACUAUUGGACGACUACAGAGGACGAUGACUCAGUGGUGACCCUUCCUGACGGUGACAACAACAGCAUCUUGGGCCUGUCCAUGUUUGAGUUCAUCGUCGUCCUUCUCUCCUCCUUCCUCCUCCUCCUCGUCCUCUUCACUUGCUUCCUCAUGCUGAUUUUCAAGAGGAAGAGGAGGAUCUACGUCAGAGUUGUCCCUUACACACCACGCGCAGCUCCUAUGAAAUUCCCUCGCACACCUUUGCCUCAAGUAAUACCCACGUCGGAGCUCAUCCCGAGGCCAAUACUACGGCAUACCUCACUUAGCAACGACAGGAAGCCUCGGUCCGUCAGCUGGGAGUACGGUGGAGAGCCCGGGGGAGGGAGGUGGGACGCAGGCAACCACAACCCAACACCCCAACGGCACUACAUCACCCUCGACGCCCAGCCCGUCCGCCACGACCCUGGGGAUGUCUAUAGCAUCUCCCAAGGCUUCGACUCCUGGGGGAAUGACAUGCAGAGACCCCAGGAGCCUACCAAUGCCCUCUGGCGAGACGCUCCCUGGGCAGAUAAUAACAUAUACGAGUGGCGCCGAUAAUGUGAUACUUAGGAAGGUUAUAUUCUUACACAAUUCAAUGCCCAAGUACAUAUAUUUGAUGAGGCUUUCGUAAGAGUUGUGGGAAUUUCCAUGGGUAGUUUUGUGACCCUGGUGGUAGUUCGACCAUUCUUCUGUACCGUGAACCUAAAAAGACACCCAUGAGAACCUGAUUGAUCUCCUCUUCGGCCUCUGGAAAUAGGUGAUGUAAGAGGAGAACGCGUCUGAGCAUACCGUGGGCAUUCCCAUGGGUAGUUUUGUGACCCUGGUGGUAGUUUGACCCUUCUUUUGUACCGUGAACCUAAGAAGACACCCAUGAGAACCUGAUUGAUCUCCUCUUCGGCCUCUGGAAAUAGUUGAUGUAAGAGGAGGACGCGUCUGAGCAUACCGUGGGCAUUUCCAUGGGUAGUUUUGUGACCCUGGUGGUAGUUUGACCAUUCUUCUGUACCGUGAACCUAAAAAGACACUCAUGAGAACCCGAUUGAUCUCCUUUUCGGCCUCUGGAAAUAGGUGAUGUGAGAGGAGGAAGAGUCUGAGCAUGCCGACCUUCUUAUGCUGAACCUAAAGACUCCUAUCACUUGCAGAAAACAAGAAAACAAGCCAUGCAUGUUCGAAGCCAGCAGAACGAGUAGCACGACUGACAUAUAUACCACGCUGCCAAAAACAGGAUGCAUAUGAAGUGAAAGAAACAUGGAAUUGAAGACAAAAGAA